GUAGGCGAUGGUCUCGAUAUACUGGAAAAAAACGCAAUGGUAAAAAAGUGGCGUCGCACAACAGCACUGCGAACGCAGAAGGACGAGGAUGAGGAACGGCAAAAGAUAAUAAUGGAAAUGACUGCAAAACCGGCUGCAAAAGUCGACAUGUCCAAUAAUGAGCGAGUGUUGGAAGCGAUGAAAAUCGCAGUUACCAGAGCCAAGCAGCUGGCAGCGCGUGCCUUCCAGGAAGAUUUGAUCGACAGGCUACCAAUGGCUGUGGAACGCGAACCUCUCUACCAAGCGGGCUCGCUGCUGGAUGCAAGUGCACGAAUUUAUUCGUUUCGUGUGGAUGCUACCCAUUCGGAGGCUUAUGAUGUUCGUUCAAAACUCGGCGAAAAGAUUGAGGAUAGCAGCAAAGCUCACUCGAAGGAUAAAGAUGGGAAAAAAGGGUCUAAUUCGGACGACGAAGACAAUUCGACGGCUAAGUCUAAUAAAAAAUCAAAAAAGAAUGCGGAUGCUGACGAGGAAGACACUCUCUCUGAUAUCGAUAUGGACAAUGAAGCUGGUAAAAAAACUGACGUGUACAGCGUGGACGACCUGCCAAUAUAUGCAGAAGAGCCGGAUUCAGAAACGGAAGAGCAGGCUGUGCUAGACACCGAUGAAAUCCUAAAGAAAUUUGCGAACAAAUAUGAUAAAUCAUAUGAGAACUGUAUAAAACGGCGAUCAAAGGUCUGA